UUUCUUUAUCAGUUUUGCAUGCUCUGCUACCUCCGAAACAGAGCAUGGCUUCUCUUGCAUUCUCCUUUUUCUUCGUCCUAAUCUCACUCUAUGCUUCUUCAACCUCAGGAACGGGAUCUGUCGGAAUAAACUACGGCAUGGUGGCCAAUGACCUACCUACGCCGUCAAAGGUGGUGGAGCUUCUCAAGGCACAGGGGCUCAACCGUGUGAAGCUCUACGACACCGACGCCAGGGUGCUAACCGCGCUUGCAAACUCAGGCAUCAAGGUAGUGGUUGCCAUGCCGAACGAGCUACUCUCCUCAGCCGCUGGCGACCAGUCCUUCACUGACGCAUGGGUAAAAGCAAAUAUCUCCGGCUACUACCCCGCCACACAAAUCGAAGCCAUAGCAGUGGGCAACGAAGUGUUCGUGGACCCAAAGAACACGACCAAGUUCCUCGUACCGGCAAUGAAGAACGUGCACGCUUCGCUUGCCAAGUACAACCUCGACAGCGCCAUCAAAAUCUCGUCACCGAUCGCACUCUCCGCUUUACAAUCCUCGUACCCGACGUCAUCCGGUUCGUUCAAGUCUGAACUGGUCGAACCGGUUAUUAAACCCAUGCUGGAUUUCCUGCGCCAGACCGGUUCGUACCUCAUGGUGAACGCGUACCCUUUCUUCGCGUACGCUGCAAACGCCGAUAAGAUCUCCAUCGACUACGCGCUCUUUAAGGAAAACCCGGGCGUCGUGGAUUCGGGUAACGGGUUGCGAUAUACCAACCUCUUAGACGCUCAAAUCGACGCCGUUUUUGCUGCCAUGUCAGCACUCCAAUACGACGACGUUAAGAUCACUGUCUCAGAAACCGGUUGGCCCUCCAAAGGGGAUUCGAACGAGGUUGGUGCAGGACAGGACAAUGCGGCGUCGUAUAACGGAAACUUAGUUCGGCACGUGUUGACUGGGAAUGGCACCCCCUUGAGGCCAAAGGACCCACUCAACGUUUUCUUGUUCGCGCUUUUCAAUGAGAAUCAGAAACCUGGACCCACAUCGGAGAGAAACUAUGGCCUUUUCUAUCCCAGUGAACAGAAGGUUUAUGAUAUUCCGCUCACGGUGGAGGAGCUUAAUCAGGCGCCGUCGUCCAGCGUCGGGAAGAGUCAGGUUCCGGCUCCGGCGAGUGGAGACGUGUCCCCGACGUCGUAUCAUGGGCAGACGUGGUGCGUGGCUAACGGCGAUGCUACGGCGGAGAAGCUGCAGGCUGCACUUGACUAUGCUUGUGGGGAGGGUGGGGCUGAUUGCACUCCCAUUCAGCCAGAUUCCACGUGUUACAAUCCUAACAACUUGGAGGCGCAUGCUUCGUAUGCUUUCAACAGUUACUAUCAGAAGAAAUCACGUGCCACAGGCACGUGCGAUUUUGGUGGUGCUGCUUAUGUCGUCACUCAGCCUCCUAAGUAUGGGAACUGCAAAUUCCCCACAGGGUACUGAAUGGGUCAGAGAUCAAGUGGGUUUGGUGAAGCUUAGAUUUCGAUUUGCUUUGGAUUCGGUGGGGCCGUUUUGCCGAUUUUUUCUUUUAUUUUCCUCGGUUACUUAGACUAGCAUUGUUAUUGUUUCUUAGUAUUUAUAAUAAAUAUUCAUGAGUAGUUCGGAGGAUUAUCGGUUUCUUUUGACUAAUUUGUUUGUAAU